CCAUGGCACAACUUGAUUCUGAGGUGAAAGAAGAAUGUUUGAGAGAAGACUUGAAGUUUUACUUCAUGAACCCCUGUGAGAAAUACCGGGCCAGACACCAGAUUCCAUGGAAACUGGGUUUGCAGAUUUUGAAGAUACUCAUGGUCACCACACAGCUUGUUCGUUUUGGUUUAGGUAACCAGCUGGUGGUUGCUUUCAAAGAAGAUAACACUGUUGCUUUUAAGCACUUGUUUUUGAAAGACUAUUCUGGCGCAGAUGAAGAUGACUACAGCUGCAGUAUUUAUACUCAAGAGGAUGCCUAUGAGAGCAUCUUUUUUGCUAUUAAUCAGUACCAUCAACUGAAGAACAUCUCCCUGGCGACUCUUGAUUAUGGAGAAAAUGAAGACAAACGAAUUGGCAUAAAAGUCUGCAAGCAGCAUUACAAGAGAGGGACCAUGCUGUCCUCUAAUGAGACCCUGAAUAUUGACAGUGACAUUGAGAUAGACUGUGUUCACUUAGACCUCCUGACCCUCUCCGAGAGCUCUCAGGCCUGGAAGCAGUCUGCUUUCUUCAGACUCGAGUUUUACCGACUCUUGCAAGUUGAAAUCUCCUUUCACCUCAAAGGCAUUGACCUUCAGACGAUCCAUUCCCGCGAGUUACCAGACUGUUACGUCUUUCAGAACACGAUCAUCUUUGACAAUAAAGCUCACAGUGGCAAAAUCAAAAUCUAUUUCGACAGCGAAGCCAACAUUGAGGAAUGUAAACCUUUGAACAUAUCUGGAUCUACUCAGAAAAACACUCAGUAUGUACUGGUGUUCGACACAUUGGUCAUUUUGAUUUGCCUGGCAUCCCUUGUUCUAUGCACAAGAUCCAUUGUCCUUGCUCUGAGGCUGCGGAAGAGAUUUCUAGAUUUCUUCUUGGAGAAGUACAAGAGACACGUGUGUGACGCUGACCAGUGGGAGUUUGUCAACGGAUGGUAUAUCCUGGUGAUCGUCAGCGACCUGAUGACUGUAGUUGGAUCCAUAUUAAAAAUGGAAAUCAAAGCAAAGAAUCUCACAAAUUAUGAUCUGUGCAGCAUUUUGCUUGGGACGUCUACGCUCUUUGUUUGGGUUGGAGUCAUCAGAUACCUGGGUUAUUUCCAGGCAUACAACGUGCUUAUACUAACAAUGAGAGCCUCGCUGCCAAAAGUUCUCCGGUUCUGCGCCUGUGCUGGUAUGAUUUACCUGGGCUACACGUUCUGCGGCUGGAUUGUGCUAGGACCAUAUCACGAGAAGUUUGAAAAUCUGAACAUAGUCGCAGAGUGCCUGUUUUCUCUGGUUAACGGCGAUGACAUGUUUGCGACCUUUGCUCAAAUCCAACAGAAGAGCAUCUUGGUGUGGCUGUUCAGCCGUCUGUACUUGUAUUCCUUCAUUAGCCUUUUUAUAUACAUGAUCCUCAGCCUCUUCAUUGCACUUAUUACAGAUUCUUAUGACACUAUUAAGAAAUAUCAGCGGAAUGGGUUUCCUGAAACAGAUCUGCAGGAAUUCCUGAAGGAAUGCAGCAGCAGGGAGGAGCACCAGAAAGAGCCUUCAGCUUUGCUGUCCUGCAUCUGCUGCCUGCGGAGGCGAGGAAGUGAUGACCACUUGAUACUUAUUAACUGAAGUUCUUCUGGGAAGACAAUUCAAUUGCAGGCCUCCUUAUCCAGCUGCAAUGCUCAGGGCCCUCAAAUGCCCUGCACCAGCAGUUCUAAAAGGAUUGUCUUAUUUAAUCGUGGACUAAGAAAGAAGGACAACUGUCAGCUGGCUGACCAUGACUAAAGUUCCAAAGUUACUUUUAUAACUUUGGAGAAUGAAGACUAGACCACAGGCUACUACUGCUGGACAUUAGUGCAAUUGAGCAGUGAUAAUGAAAUUCACUAUUAGUCUGCUAAUUUGUGACACAAGAAUAUUGCAAUGAAAAGUCACAUUUCAGAGUAUGCAAAACAAAAAUGUUUAAAGUUUUAUAUUUAAAGAUGUGUGUUUAUUGUCAGAUAAGGAUUUGUUUUAAAAGUGAUUCUUGAGUUCAAAGACUUGCUAUUUUAUGAUCUGUACAGAAGUGUAGUUGGUUGCAAAAGUCAUUUAAAAAUCACACUUACAUCAACAAAAAGACCUCUUGCAAUAGACAUUUCUCCACCUAUUUUCCUCUGAGUUUUCUUCUGCAGCAUAUUUGAAGUGACUGUUGGCAUAGUUGAUGGACUAACCUGGAAACAACAAUAUUUAUCAGUUGUUCUAAUUUCUGAUUGCACACACAUGACGUGGCAGUAAACUACAGCAGCUGUCUUUGAUCUUAACAACGGAUCGCCUUUCUGGACAUAUAACUUUG